UCGGAAUUUUAGCUCAGAGCAGGAACAUAUCCCCACCGAAACACACAAACACUGCUGUCAAAAAAAAAAGUAAAAGACAAAAACAAAUAAAAAAAUAAGCACCUCAUAGCGAAUGGUGCUGGUGCAGUAUAAAAAGAAAUAAUAAAUGAAAAACUCGCAGGAGACUAGUUAGGCACCCACAAACACCAAGAUGAGUAUGACAGAGAUGAUGCGUGGCAAGUCGAUGCCGACCGAAAAGAAGAUUGACAUCAAACUGGCCCAGCAUGGGACAAAAAGAUAACAAACAUUUUACGAAAAUGGAAAAAUCUCAAUUCCACGAUUCUCGCGAUCGAAUCACAAUUUUUAAAUGAUUAGCCCAAAUUCUAUUCCCGGUUAGAGUUUGCCAACGUGCGAUUAGUGCAAAUCGGCUGUGUGUUGAAUGUCGUAGCCGAGGCCAUCGAACGGGUCAAGAUCUCGCUAAUCUUGCCCAAAUUGCUGCAACAUCCCAAGCUCAUGGCACAGAUCUUGAAUGGCACCAAGUUCGAGACGGCAGUGCACCUGGUGGAAUCGUUUAUUCGUCGGCGGGAAUUUAUUUUGAGGGAAAAGCGACCGCCGCUAAUGGACCAUGGAAUCAUCCAGAUCAUCGACUUCUUCCAGCGCAACCACAAAAUGGUGCACCUCUUUCCGGGCUUCUACAACCACAUGAGCCCGGACGAGAAGAAGCUGCUGACGGCCUUCCAGAUGCUCUACGACCUGGCCAAGGACCGCUUGUACCGGACAUCGGCUGACGCCAUCGCCCAGGAGCGCCAGCUCCAUGCCAUGUACAAGCAGAACGAGGUGGUCAAGGGGCAGGUGGACGAGCUGCGCCACAAGAUCCACGCCCAGAAGUUGGCCAUCAAGGAGCGCAUGGAGGCUAAGGAGGCCUACUUGCGGAACUACGAGGACCUGCUGCUGAAGAAGAAGAACGAGAAGGACGAACGCAUCCGAAGGGAAAUCGAUCGAUGCACUCGCUUGAUCCGCGCCAGCAAAAAAUCGGGUCUGGAGCGGCAGGCCGAUUUGGAGGACCAACUGCAGAAGAUGCGUAACAACUACGAGACAUCGACCAAAGCCUAUUUGAAGCAGGAAAAGGUCUAUCGAGAGGAAAAGAAUAAGCUGAUCCUGCAACUGCAGGCCAUCAUCAAGAAGUACGAUCACAGCAUUGGUGAGAAGAUGAUCGAGAACAUGCAGCUCACCGACGAGCACAAAAAGGCCAAGAAGUCCCUCGACGAGUUUAUGGUUGGGUUCCGCAAGGUCGAGCGGGUCUACAAGCAGAUCGUGGUGAAACGCGAGGAGGAGGAGGCCAGACGACGGCAGCACCGCGUCCUGGUCUUCGCCAUGAACCGCGCCGCCUCCAAGAUCCAGAAAUACUGGAGAAAGUGGAAGAAGCACAUGCGCAAGAAGAACAAGCGAGACAACAGGGGAUGACCAAUGGAACGAUUCUACUAAACCACUAAAUUGUCCGUGAACUAUAGAUAGUUAUAAAGGUUAUACAAAGACUUAAAUCUUAAAUUCUUGAACAAAUAUACAGUAAAAAAUACGGCA